AUGAAUAACCAUUCGGUGUACAAAUUCAACCCGACUAUGUCAGUAUUCAACAACAAUACCAAUUUAAACAACAGCAUAUACAUUUCUGCUGAUAAGAAAUCAAAGUCAAGGACAUCACUAAAUACACUGUCAUUUUAUAAACCAAAUGCGUCUGUAUAUGUAAAGAAAAUCGAUAAAACUGACAAAAAAGACAAUGUAAAAACAUUAAUUCGAUAUUUAGGAUGGAAAAAUUAUAGCGGUACAAUAUCACCAAAUUUAUUCAAAAAUCCAAGUAUGACUGAUUUAAUAAAUAUAUGGAAUUUUAUAUUUAAGCAUGUGGAUCCAUUAAUAGAAGUUAACAAAGAUAAUUAUGGAGAAGUCGUAUUAAGCUUUUAUAGAGACAUUGGAUAUCCAUAUACAAUUUCAAAAUCUACUUUGGUGGCUCCAACUACAGGUUUACAAUAUAAUACACAUUUAUCUGCCUUAGCUUGGUUAUGUCAAUUAUUAAUUUUUGAAGCAGAAUGUUUUAAUGAUAUUAAUGAAGAAAAAGAUGUAAAUUUUUUAUAUGAUUUUAACGAAGAUUGUGAAAUAAAAAUGGAAGAUUUUAUUUUACAGAGUUAUAGAUCAUAUAUAAAUAAAGAAGAAAAAAAUAUUAAGGAUAUGCUUAGUGCUAAGUUAGAAAAGGAAUUGGAAAGACUUGAAAAUGAUAUCGAAAUAAAACAUGAAGAUAUCCAAGAAAAGAAAAAAAAAAUAGAAGAGAUAAAAAGUAAUAUGAAAGAAAAUGAAGAAUUAAUAAAAAGAAAUAAAGUUUUACGCGAAGAAAAUAUAAAAAUAAAAUCUUUACAUACAAAUAGUUUAGAAGAAACUAUAAAAUUAGAAAAAGAUAUUGAAAUUUGUAAAAAAGCAAAUCUAGAUGAAAAAAACAAAACCGAAGAAAUAUUAGAAGAAAUAAAUAAAAUAAAAGAAACGUUACAAAAACAAACUUUAAAUAAAGCACAAUUUAUACAAAUGAAUGAAAAUAUAGAUAAAAACAAAGAAAAAAUCGAAAAUAUAAAAAAUGAAAUUAAAUCAUUAAAUAAUGAACAUCCAAUAUUAAGUGAAAAAUUAAAUAAUAGAAAUAAUGAUUUAAAAAAAUUAGCAAAAAGUGUAAAUGAUAAAUUAACUGAAAUUUUAGAAAUAUUAAAUAUAUACAAUAAUUUAUCUCAAUCAAAUUGGAAUAGUAUUAACACUAUUAGUAUAAAUAUAGACGCCUUAACAAUUGAUACUAUGCUUAAUGUUAAAUGGAAAGAAAAUAAAAAAAAUAUUAAAUCGUAUAUUGAAAAAGAUAAAAAGGAGUUAUCUAAUUCGGUAAAUAUUAUCGAGGAAAAUGAAAAUCAAAUUAAAACAAUCGAAAAUGAUAUAGAACAAAUAAAAGACUGUAUAUAUGAUCUGGAAGAAUCAAUCAGAAAGACAAACGAAAAUAUAAACAAUUUUAUAAGCGAUUCUAAUAAUAAGUUUAAUCAAAUUAUUCGCCAAAAUGAGGAAACGCUCGAAGAAGCCAGGAGUAAGCAGAAUGAGGCAAAUGAAAUGUUUAAAGAUGUUAUUGCAUCAAAAGACGAUAAAAUAAAUACUCUUAACAAAAUAAAAAUGGAAAACGAACAAUUGUUUAAAGAAAAAUUAUCAACACUUCAAAAGGCAUGCUCAGUUUUGAUAGAAUUAAAAAGCUAUAGCAAAUCCUAUAUUUCUAUAGUUUUAGACGAAAAAAAAAAGGAAUUAGAAUUAUAUAAAAAUUUACACCAAAGUGUAACUGAAUAA